GCUGCUGAGGGCCGCCCGGGAGCGGGGCCGGGGGACACCUGCAGCAGCUUAGUGGGUGCUCACGUACCAAAUGCCUGCGGGGCAGCGAGCGGUGUGUCCAGUGCCUUUCGCCUUGAGGUGAAUGUUGGCGAAGCAAUCGAUGUCUCUGUCGGAAGAAGUUUGUGUGAAGUAGUUACAUUGGUGGUUUUUUGUCGCAGGGGGUCUGUGUGGCUGGUGAGAACAGAGCUGCAGGCAAAGCGGUGGCUGAUGCUGAGCUGCUCACCGUAAGCGCCCGGCGCAGCCUGUGUGAGGCAGAGUGAACCAUGACUGACACAGAUGAAUCCCAGGCUUCUGGCUCUGAUGACUCUGAUGCCCAAGAGCUCAUACACAGUCGUCAGGAAGCACUGUGUAAGGUACCUGUGAGAGAAUCAAACACACAAAUGGAGUGUUCGCGUUCAAGACAGAAGGAUGCAGCUCCUGAGGGGUCUUCAGAUGAGCCUAACAUUGUGUGUAUGUCAUCAGUUGCUUCAGCUGAGGUUGUACUGGACAGCAGUGAUUCAGAAAUUGACAUUCCUGCUGGCAGUGGCAGUGAGCAACAUCCCAAGUGCUCCGCUGCACAGCAACAAAGGAGAUCUCGGUCCUUGAGGCAGCAAGCUCAGUCUGCUGCACAACUGCCUGACACUGAAAGCUCUUCAGACUCUUCUCUGUCCCCUCAAAGUCCAGUGAAAUCAUCAGAACCUUCAAAGAAAAAGUCAAAACUCAAUUUGAAGGCCAUUUUUGCCUAUCACUUCCGAGGAAGGAAGUUUAAGGCUGCUGCACACCGCAGAUACCAAUGGCACUCCAGGAAGAGAAAGUAUGUGAGCACACAGAUGCCCACGGGCAGGCCGCCGCUCACAGCCUCGCCUCAGGAGAGAAAGAGGAGGCUGCUCCACAGAGGGGUUCCCUUCCCUUUUGUUGAAAAACAUUAUGGGAAGAAACAUAUUCCCUUAAAGAUGGUCCUUGGCUAUGAGCAAGCAGCUGCAAAGGGGUAUUUCCAGUAUGUUGAAAAGCUUAAAUAUGAAGAACAUCUUAAAAAAGCUUUAAAAGCCCUUCAGGCUAGUGAAGACUUGGAAAAAGAAUGUCUGGCUGUACGGAAACACAAAUAUUUGGAUGAUGAAGGCCCCAUUUCCCCUAUUCAAGAGACAAAUGAUGAGGAUGACAGCUUGAACAACCAAGAGGACCUUGAUGCCAGAGUAGUGGACAACAGCUCUUUCAUUAUAAGCAGCAAAAUUCCUAGUAAGAAGAAAUCAAAGGCAGAAACAAAACGUGCAAAAUCAAUUGAAGUUAUUGAAAUAGAGGAUGAAGAUGACUGUGCUGCUGAGGACUGAGCUGCUGCAAGGUUCACCUCAGAGAACAGAAAGCUAACUGAAAACUAACAGUCACUCUUCAGAGACCUUCUUCAUGGUUUACUUGCUUUAAAACAUGGGUCUGAAGUCAACGUUGAGCUACCAACGACCAGCCUAGUCGGAUUUGGUUUCAGGCACCUACCUGAGAAAUACUCUAUGGCUUGAAAGACUCAUCCUGGAUCUAGGAGUGGGGUGCUUGCUUGUUUAUGUUGCUUUUGGAAGAUGAAGCUCAGCUUUCUUGAUGUGCAAGGAUCUUGACCAGCUUGAGAGUUGAGCAGAGAGGAACCUCAUGAGAUUCAACAAGGAAAAGUGCAGAGUCCUGUAUCUGUGGAAGGAACAACCCCAUGCACCAGCACAGGCUGGGGAUUGACCUGCUGAAGAGCAGCUCUGCAGAGAGAGACCUGGGAGUGCUGGUUGAUAAUAAAUUAAAUAUGAGCCAGCAAUGUGCCCUCAUGGCCAAGAAGGCCAAUGGCAUCCUGGGAUGCAUCAAGAAGAGUGUGGCCAGCAGGUCAAGGGAGGUUCUUCUCUCCCCUCUACUCUGCCCUGGUGAGGCCUCAUCUGGAGUCCUGUGUCCAGUUCUGAGCUCCUCAGCUCAAGAGGGACAGAGAACUGCUGGAGAGAGUCCAGCGCAGGGACACCAAGAUCAAGAUGAUCAGGGGAAUGGAACAUCUUCCUUAGGAGGAAAGGCUGAACCUGCUUCUGCAGGGGGGUUGGACUAGAUGAUCUCUGAAGGUCCCUUCUAACCCUACCAUUCUAUGAUUCUAUGAUAUGUAGUAAUACUUUGUUUUUACCUGAUAUUGGAUGCUACAGGGCAGCUUAAUGUAUCAGAUUUGGUUUGGACGCUGCCUCAGGUUGUCUUUGCUGAAGAUGCUGAAGAACCACUGUGUACUGCAGUCUCCUGGCAGUGCCUCCCCCCAGUUUCUGUACUGGGCUGUAUCAGACAGCUACAGCUUCUGAUCACUUCCCUCUGGUACAAUUUCAUCUUAAAGCAUGCAAGAAUGGGGAGGCAGCACAAAGAAGCUGGUAGUCUUGCCAGUAUUCCUUUAGUCCAAACUACACCUGUCUCUAAAACUAGAAGACAUAGUAGUGGAAGGUGACAGUUACUAAGGUAAGUGUAUAAUAAGCUGAGAAACAGCUUCAAACACUGUUGUAAAAUGAGUGGAAAAACGAAAGCUGAUGCAUUCAGUCUGUUCCAGCACGUGUUCAGUUUUUGUCUGUCACUGUAGACAAAAACCUGGAACCUAGUGCUUAGAAAAACCCUUCUUUUGCAACCCACAGCUGAUGAACAUAUUGGUUGUGUUACUUAUAUGAAGGGACAACAUUUGCACAUAUUCAAACAGCAAUUCAUUGAAAUGCUAAUGAAUCCAGGGCACGAGUUCCCUGUUCCCUGCUGCAGGAGUGCACUUCAGUUGUCCUGGUUUCUUUCCAGACCUUGCAGAUAAUUCUCCAUCUCUGCAGCAGCAAGCGGGUGGAACUCUCUUGGACUGCUGGACUUCUUACAGCUGUUUGCUGCUGGUCUUGUGGUGUACAAAUCUCUUACUUCAGUGGACCUUUGUGGAACAGCUUGGCAGAAGAGGGGCAUUCCUGUGGUGUCUCAGAUUCAGUGGAAAGCUUCUACUUCUGGGAAGUCGUCCCAGGAGUCCAGUCUGAACGAGCGCCUCGGUGGCCUGUAAUUAGACAAGAUAAGAAAUGCAAGGCACUGACACAGAACUCUGGAGCCCCAGUGAGGGUACUGACUUAGGCUUUUGACACAAAUGAAAAAAAUGACUCGAGUUGGAAAAGCUUGGUGCUGUAGGAUACAGAAUGAAGUGUGAAAGACUUUGUUGUGCUUAAAGGAUGAGCUCUAGAAGAGGAGAAUAACCUGUUUGACAGUGUGUGCCAGCAGCUCACUGGGUGUUGGAGGGCGGAGAGGACACCAUCUGAAUGCCACCAAAGUGGUUCUGAGGUCCUGGGGGGUGUGUCUGCACAUCUGCUGCAAAGAAGUGCACAGCUCUUCCACCUACGGAAAGAAUCUUCUCUAGAGUGUUCCCUGGAAUUCAACAUUCAUUGUGACUCCCCUUAUUGCUUUGGAAAUGGAGCAGUGCAUGUUAUCUGGGAACAGUUCAGAAGCUCGGGGAGCCUUAGCACCAUCUCCCCAGGGGCACCACAGCAGAAAGGGUGAGGAUGGAGACGUGGGUGCUCACAGCUGUUGUAGAAGAGCAAACUAAGCCCAAGUGUGCAUCAAGUUGGAAUGUGACUGGAAAAGGUUGUAUCAGCUGUUCUACCUCACUAUGCUGUCACUGCUCUGCAGAGGUUAUUUCUGCUGUACACAAUGUCACAGCAUUUAAAUAAAACUAGUGUCUGAAA